AUGUCCCCAGCUGCCACCACCGACAAGAAACAAUCGGGUACCGCCAGAGUGUUGGGAUCCGCCUCCGCCGGGAUCUGUGAGAUCGCCGUCUUCCACCCCGUGGACACCAUUUCCAAGAGAUUGAUGUCCAACCACGGCAAGAUCAGUUCUCUCACCCAAUUGAACACGGUCAUCUUCCGUGAACAUGCUGCCAAGCCGCUCGUCUCCAGGGCCUUCACCUUGUUCCCUGGUUUGGGAUACGCUGCUUGCUACAAGAUCUUGCAGAGAGUCUACAAGUACGGAGGGCAACCAUUUGCCAACGAGUUCUUGACCAAGAACUUCCAGGACUGCUACGACUCUUGGUUCGGCCCCAAGACCGGUAAGGCUUUGAUGUCUGCCACUGCUGGUUCGUUGAUUGGAAUUGGUGAGGUUGUGUUGUUGCCACUUGACGUGUUGAAGAUCAAGCGUCAGACAAACCCCGAGUCGUUCCGUGGCAGAGGCUUCUUCAAGAUCUUGGCCGACGAAGGGUUCGGUUUGUACCGUGGCUGGGGCUGGACUGCUGCCAGAAACGCUCCUGGUUCCUUUGCCUUGUUCGGAGGUAACUCGUUCGCCAAGGAGUACAUCUUUGGGUUGAGCGACUACUCGUCUGCCACCUGGACCCAGAACUUCGUGACCUCCAUUUUCGGUGCCUCUGCUUCGUUGAUUGUGUCUGCGCCAUUGGACGUCAUCAAGACCAGAAUCCAGAACAAGAACUUCGACAACCCCGAAUCUGGUGUUACCAUCUUGAAGAACAUGGCCAAGAACGAGGGAAUCGGCUCGUUCUUCAAGGGAUUGACCCCCAAGUUGUUGACCACCGGUCCCAAGUUGGUUUUCUCCUUCGCUUUGGCCCAGUCGUUGAUUCCGGCCUUUGAUAACUUAUUGAAAUGA